GAAAUUUGAAUUUCUCGGUCGUUUUCGGUAGUUUGGGAAUGUUUUUUGGGAAAGCUCAAUUAUUAAUUAUCUAUUUCAAUUUCAUGAAAUAUGUUUAAUAUCGAUAUUAACGUCAAUUCGUUUUUGAAAUUCAGAUUAUUGAUUAUUGCUUAGCAACCUAACGCUUAUGUCCGCCAUCUUGUUAUGCUCGGUGGAAGUUUCAUGACCCAUCGAUACCAAACAAAUGAAGGACACAUGCGACUAAGUGAUUAUAUGAUAUAUGCAUAUGGUUACAGUGAUUAGCAAACAUGGCAGAUUUUGAUCUUACGCCUCGAAGAGCAAAUGGAAGGAGUAAAGGGAAGGGCACAGAUGACCCUAUCCGAUUUCUUCCUGUUUUGCCAUCAAAAAGAAGUAAACCAGUGUGGCAACACAAUCAACCAAACUUUGAAUUAUCAGGGAAAAUUCUAGGAGAAGACAAAAAUGGAAUUGAUUUAGUAGGGGAACUCACUGCAAGAGAACCAAAGAGGAGAAAGCCCAAUCAAUUAAAACCGAUAGAGAAACAGAAUGGAGCAGACACAGAUAUUACUCAGUUUCAGCAACCAAAGAAGGACAGAGAAAACUUCAGAAAAGCCUUGGUUGACAUUAUCAUGCAAGAAGAUGGUGUUCAACCCCAUAGUGCAUCUGGUUCAGUUAAUGGAGAAUUACCCCCCAUAUCCAGAACAGGGUCCCCUACAACAGCUGAUAAAGAUAUUUUGAGAUACUACUAUUACAUUCACAAUGGAAUUGACACAGAACAUGUGGCUCCAAUGGAAGACUCAUGGCUUGAAAAUGUCCUUGGUCUUGUCUCAGAAGAAUUAAAGAGAGGACAUUCUGAAACCAUUGAAAACUUGUCGGAUGAGAUGAGGGAAGAUUAUCUCCUAAGUGUCAAGAAAGCAAUCGUUGACUUUGUCCUCAAGGACCAAAGGGAAAAGGAGAAAGAUGUAGAAGAAAAACGUCCACCCCACAGAGAGGAAAUGGAUGUGGUGCCCAAACCCUGGCACAAGGACUUUGUGGCAGGACUGGAAGCCAUGUCCCAGACGCUUCACAUCACCACCCCAUGUAUGCUUCAGGUCCUGGACUUCUGGCAUACCAAAUUUGGGGGGUUGCGAUUUAUCGAUAUCAACGAGUUUCACAACAGAGUAGACUCUAUGGAAUUGGGGACCUUCCAAAAUCUUUGCAUGCGGCAUAUAGAAAAUGCCAAGGACCAAUUAAUGAAAAAAUGGUUCCCUGAAGUCCAAGUGAUGUUUUAUGAGGGAAACAAACGGAAGCAGGUCCCUAGUAACCAGGACCCAGAAAAACUGGAGUCGUUCUUUAACUGUGCUGCCACCCUAAUGACAGAGAACCUACAGCAGCUUACCCUGAAUUCUCUGGACGACUACACAGAUCUCUUGUGCCAACCACCAACUUCUACCCGUGCCUAUGAGCACCCAGGUUUUGUUCUUCGUCUCAUCUUGGAUGGAACUUCCAUCAAAUUUGAACCAACCUUCAAAGAAUUUGAAGUCAUCAUCUUGAAUGUUUAUGAUGUAAUGAUCAAAGCCUCUCAACAAGUGCCAAGAGUGGAAACAAAAUUGUAUCUGGAUUGGAGUGGAAACAAGGCCAAGUCUAACUUGCAGCCAGUUGUAUUGAAGGAAAUUCUAGAGGCUCACAAAGAGAGUGUGAAGGAACUUAUAAAGAAAGAAAGUGUUGGGCCCGUGGAACAUUGCAAAAUCUACGACAAAUACAACUUCCUCAUCUCCAAACAGGCUGAUGCCGAUGUUGAUGUAUUCUUGGGGGAGACCCACUCUUUUGAUGAAUAUGCAAAGGAAAUUACCAAGUACAAGAAAUUGGUGGAUGAGGUCACCUACAAUUUAGACAAGAAAGGAGGUUUUUUUAAGGUGAUGAGACUUGGAAUGUUUGAAGUCCACUGCGAUGAUCUGAUUCGUUCUUUAGCCAAGCGAUCAGAGGCCCUCUGUCAGAAACUACUGGGCAAGAUGUCGGAGGAUCACAAAGAAGCUAACAAAAAGUUGUGUGAUGACUAUGAACAAAUAGCAGAAAAGGCUUUGACAACUCCCAGCAACACCGAUCACUUGAUGGAACUGAAAGCUUACAUUGAAAAGGUGGAAUCGGACAUUAUUUUCACCAUGGAAAAAAGACUGAUGGAGUCAAAGGACAGGCUGACUUUCUUGUCAGAUUUUGCCCAGUUCUCUCCUGCUGAAAUGAGACUAAAUGCAAGUGUUUUUAAAUGGCAUAGCAGGAUGCCCACAAUAUUUGAGGAACACAAAAUGAUUGUUGCUGACAGAAGAACACAAUAUGAAGAGGCUUUGAAGGUGAGGAGAGAGAGAUUCGUCGAGGAGUUAGAGAGCUACCAGAAACAAGUAGAGGAAUUUGCUACUUAUGGUGACAUGAAUGAUAUCCAGAAAUACCUCAGGAAAUCACAGAAUCUGGAAACCAAGCUUACUGCUGCUGCAGAGAAGAUUGAGGCUUUCAACAAUGAAGAGGAAGCAUUCGGUUGGCAGACCACAGCUUACCCACAGAGGCAGACCAUUCAGAACACCCUCAAACCGUAUCUCAGUCUGUAUGAACUGACUGUGGAAUUCAAUAACAAAUACAAUGACUGGAUGCAUGGUCCCAUGGGAAAUGUCAAUCCCGAUGAAGUGGAAAAUGAAGUUGGAAAUUUCUGGAGAAGUCUUUACAAGUUGGAAAAGCAGUUUGAUUCAGUACCACAAGCCAAGAAAAUUGCUUCUAAGGUAAAAUCCAAGGUUGAAGAAUUCAGGGAGUACAUGCCUCUGGUGCAGACCCUGUUUAAUCCUGGUCUCAGAGACCGCCAUUGGGAGCAGAUCUCAGAAGUGGUUAAAUACCCUCUCAAACCAGAUGAAUCUUACACAUUGGAUAAAAUGUUGGAAUUUGACCUCAUGAAAUAUGUGCCACAGUUUGAGGGCAUAAGUGAAGCUGCUAGCAAAGAGUUUUCUCUGGAGAAGGCCAUGGAGAAGAUGAAGAAUGAGUGGGCUCCAAUUGAGUUUAUCAUGAUCCCCUACCGAGACACCGGCACCAGUAUUCUGUCCUCAGUGGAUGACAUCCAGCUACUCCUGGAUGACCACAUCGUAAAGACACAGACAAUGAGAGGAUCACCAUUCAUCAAACCAUUUGAGGAAGAAAUCAAAGAAUGGGAAUCCAAACUGAUGCUCCUACAGGACAUUCUGGAUGAGUGGUUAAAAGUCCAGGCCACCUGGCUCUAUCUGGAACCUAUCUUCAGCUCCCCGGAUAUCAUGGCCCAGAUGCCAGAAGAGGGUCGUCGAUUCACCACUGUUGACAAGAACUGGAAGGACAUAAUGAAGCAGGCCUUGCAGGACAAGAAAGUUCUUAGUGUCAUUGCUAUUGAAAAAAUGUUGGAGAAGCUAAAAAAAUCCAAUGAGCUAUUGGAGCUGAUCCAAAAGGGAUUGAAUGAUUACUUGGAGAAGAAGAGAUUGUACUUCCCAAGGUUUUUCUUCUUGUCCAAUGAUGAGUUGCUGGAAAUCUUGUCAGAGACCAAAGAUCCAACUAGGGUACAGCCUCAUCUGAAGAAAUGCUUUGAAGGCAUUGCAUCACUAGAAUUCACAGACACCCUGGAUAUCACCCACAUGAAGAGCAGUGAAGGAGAAAUUGUAGAACUCAAAGAUGUCAUCUCCACCUCAAAAGCAAGAGGGCAGGUGGAGAAAUGGCUCCUGGAAUUGGAGAGUGAUAUGAUUUCCUCACUCCGCAAAGUCAUUGGAGAGUCACUUGAUGCUUAUGUGAAAGAGGAUAGAAAAGAAUGGGUCAAGAGAUGGCCAGGGCAGGCUGUGCUGUGUGUGACUGCCAAAUACUGGACUGACUUUAUCGAGCUUGCCUUCAAGAAAGGAGGCACUGCACUGAAGGAGUAUCUUAAUUUGAACAAUUCGCAGAUUGAUGAAAUUGUAGCAAUGGUGCGUGGUACACUGUCUAAACAAAACCGUGUGACCCUGCAGGCUUUGAUUGUAUUGGAUGUCCAUGCUAGAGAUGUGUUGGCCAAAUUGGUGGAUAAUGAAAUCAAAUCUGACCUUGAUUUCCAGUGGCUGAGUCAGCUGCGAUAUUACUGGGAGGAAGAAAAAAUGGUAACCAGGAUGAUCAACUCCAUGUUGAGAUAUGGGUAUGAAUACCUGGGAAACACAGGUCGUCUUGUCAUUACCCCUCUCACUGACAGAUGUUACAGGACGCUAUUUGGGGCCUUACACUUGCACUUGGGUGGUGCUCCAGAGGGCCCUGCUGGUACAGGCAAAACUGAGACCACCAAAGAUUUGGCCAAAGCUGUUGCCAAGCAGUGUGUGGUGUUCAACUGUUCUGACGGUCUGGAUUACAUUGCUUUGGGAAAAUUCUUCAAGGGUUUGGCUUCCUGUGGGGCCUGGUCUUGUUUUGAUGAGUUCAACCGAAUCGAUUUGGAAGUGUUGUCAGUGGUGGCUCAACAGAUUCUGACUAUUCAGAGAGGUAUCAGCUCAGGAUCCGACACUCUCCUGUUUGAAGGGACAGAGAUCAGGUUGGACCCAACUUGCUCCGUAUUUAUCACCAUGAACCCUGGUUACGCGGGUCGCUCUGAAUUACCAGACAACCUCAAGGCGCUGUUCAGAACCGUGGCUAUGAUGGUACCGGAUUACGCCCUGAUUGCGGAGAUUUCCCUGUAUUCCUGUGGGUUUGUACAAGCCCGGCCCCUGUCUGUUAAGAUCGUGGCUGUGUACAGGCUCUGUUCUGAACAGUUGUCCUCCCAACACCAUUAUGAUUAUGGUAUGAGGGCUGUGAAAUCAGUGUUGACUGCUGCAGGAAAUCUUAAGCUGAAAUACCCCGAAGAGGAUGAGAAUAUUCUGAUGUUGCGUUCUAUCAUUGAUGUCAACUUGCCCAAGUUCUUGAACCAUGACUUGCCACUUUUCCAUGGUAUUACAUCAGAUCUGUUCCCUGGAGUGAAACUCCCAGAGCCCGACUACAAGGUCCUGAAUGAAGCUGUCCAGGAAAACUGUAUCAAGAUGAACCUUCAAUGUACAAAUUUCUUCCUGGAGAAGAUUCAACAGAUCUACGAAAUGAUGAUUGUGAGGCACGGUUUCAUGAUUGUGGGGGAACCUUUUGGUGGCAAGACCACUGCCUACAAAGUUUUGGCUGCAGCUCUUGGAGAUAUUCAUGACAAGGGAUUAAUGGAAGAAAACAAAGUCCAGAUCACAGUCAUCAAUCCUAAGGCCAUCACUAUGGGUCAGUUGUAUGGUCAAUUUGACCCAGUCUCCCAUGAGUGGUCAGAUGGUGUCCUGGCCGUAUCGUACAGAGCGUUUGCUACCUCAACUACACCAGACAGGAAGUGGCUCAUUUUUGAUGGCCCUGUAGAUGCCAUCUGGAUUGAGAACAUGAAUACAGUGUUGGAUGACAACAAGAAGCUUUGUCUGAUGAGUGGUGAAAUUAUUCAGCUGGCCAACACAACCAAUCUGAUGUUUGAACCCAUGGAUCUGGAAGUUGCUUCCCCUGCCACAGUCUCCAGAUGUGGUAUGAUCUACAUGGAACCUUCGUCCUUGGGUUGGCGACCUGUCGUCAAAUCAUGGCUGAAUGAGAUGCCCCCUGCUGUUACUGAGAUGCACAAAUCUACCAUCAAUGACAUGUUUGAACGAUUUUGCGACCCCUGCAUUCAACUUGUCAGGAAAGGUGGCGUCAAGGAAUUGUCUCCAACGUCUGACACAGCCCUAGUGAAGAGCUUAAUGAACUUAAUGGAUGCCCUCAUGGAUGAAUUCAAAGAUGAAGCCAAGAUUUCUCAGAUGGAAGACAGAGAAACUAUGUCCUGGUUAGAGUGUAUCUUCUUCUUUGCCUGUACUUGGUCCAUCGGAGCCUCCAUUAAUGAUGACGGCAGAGUUCACUUCGACAAACUACUUAGGGAGCUGAUUUCGGGAGGAAUGUCAGAGGAGACCAGAAUUAAGCUUAGUCUUCCAGAACUUGUGGAGCCACCAGAGAAACCCUACCUGAACCCUUUCCCUCCCAAAGGUCGUUGCUAUGACUACAAAUUUGUGAAAGAGGGAGCUGGAAGGUGGGUGCAGUGGGCUGAGGAGAUCAAGGAUUCUCCACCCAUUCCCAAGGAUGCAGAAUUCAAUGAGAUUAUCGUGCCAACAGUUGAUACUGUCCGCUACACAGCCCUGCUGAAUAUGCUGGUUCAGCACCAGAAACCGGUGUUGUUUGUUGGUCCCACUGGUACUGGCAAAAGUGUCUACAUCUGUGAUUUCCUGUUGAACAAACUGGACAAAGAAGUCUACAAGCCCAACAUCAUUAACUUCUCUGCCCAAACUACUGCCCAGCAGACACAGAACAUCAUCAUGUCCAAGCUGGACAAGAGGAGAAAGGGAGUGUUUGGUCCACCAUUGGGCAAGAAGGCUAUUGCAUUUGUGGAUGACUUAAACAUGCCCAUGCUAGAGCAGUUUGGAGCCCAGCCUCCAAUUGAGCUGCUAAGACAGUGGCUAGAUCAUUGGAACUGGUAUGACCUGAAGGAAACCACAGCCAUGAAGUUGAUUGACAUCCAGGUCAUGGCUGCCAUGGGACCACCUGGGGGUGGCAGAAAUCCUGUGACUCCACGUUUCCUGAGACACUUCAAUAUGAUCACCAUUAACGAAUUUGAUGACGAUUCCAUGAUUACAAUUUUCAGAAAAAUCAUGGACUGGCAUAUCUCUUCCAGAGGAUUCAGCAAUGAGUUCAAACCAUGUGUAGACCAGCUGGUACAGGGCACCCUCACAACGUACAAAGAGGCAAUGAAGAACCUUCUGCCCACCCCUGCUAAAUCCCACUACCUCUUCAACCUUAGAGAUUUCAGCAGGGUCAUUAAUGGAGUCCUACUCUCUACACCAGAAACCAUGGAGGAGCCGGCCUCCAUGAAGAGACUGUGGGUCCAUGAGGUUUUCCGAGUAUUCUAUGAUCGUCUGGUGGACAACUCUGACAGGAACUGGUUGUUUAAUUACGUUCGUGAAGUCUGUAAGACAAGCCUUAGAGAGGACUUUGAUCAGUUAUUUAUUCAUUUGGAUUUUGACAAUGAUGGAAAGGUCACAGAGGAUGACCUACGUAGUUUAGUGUACUGUGACUUUGCUGACCCUAAAUCUGAUGCUAAGCAUUACGUUGAAGUCCGGGACCUCGAGCAGCUGAGAGUCACUGUAGAAGGUUAUCUGGAGGAAUUCAACAACAUGAGUAAAAAGCCUAUGAACCUUGUACUUUUCAGAUUUGCCAUUGAGCAUGUUUCCAGAAUUGCCCGUGUGAUAAAACAGAAGAGGAGCCACGCCCUUCUAGUCGGUGUAGGUGGUUCAGGUCGUCAAUCACUCACACGUCUUGCAGCUCACAUGGCUGACUACGAUCUUUUCCAAGUAGAGAUCUCUAAAAGUUAUACCAGUAAUGAAUGGAGGGAGGAUCUAAAGAGAAUUCUAAGGAAAUCUACAGAGACUGAUAAUCAUGCUGUCUUCUUGUUCUCGGAUACCCAGAUAAAACAAGAAUCUUUCCUAGAAGAUAUUAACAAUUUGUUGAACGCUGGUGAAGUGCCUAAUCUAUUUCCUCUUGACGAGAAGCAAGAAAUCUGCGAGAAAAUGCGACAACUUGAUAGACAAAGGGAUAAAACCAAACAAACAGAUGGAACUCCUGUAUCUUUAUUUAACUUCUUCAUUCAGCGAGUACGUGACCAACUUCAUAUUGUGUUGGCCAUGAGUCCCAUUGGAGAUGCUUUCCGUAACAGACUUCGUAAAUUUCCAUCACUUGUCAAUUGCUGUACUAUAGAUUGGUUCCAGUCUUGGCCCGAGGAUGCUUUGGAAGCUGUGGCAAACCGUUUCCUGGAAGAUGUAGAGUUGGACGAUGAAGAGCGUUUGGGCUGUACGAACAUCUGUAAGACCUUCCACACCUCCACCAGAGAUCUCUCCCAGAGGUUCUUCCUGGAGCUGGAACGACAUAAUUACGUCACACCUACCUCUUACCUGGAACUCAUCAACACGUUUAAAACCCUGCUCAAUAAAAAACGAGAUGAGGUGGUAAAGCAGAAGAAGAGAUACGAAAAGGGUCUUGAAAAGCUGGACUCGGCUUCAUCCCAGGUUGGCAUUAUGCAGAAAGAGUUGACAGAUCUCCAGCCUCAGCUGAAGGAAGCCAGUAAGGAGGUAGACGAGAUAAUGGUGGUCAUUGAGAAGGACUCCAUAGAAGUAGCCAAAGUUGAGAAGGUUGUGAAAGCUGACGAGGCAGUGGCUAAUGAACAAGCCAAGGCAGCUAAAGCCAUCAAGGACGAAUGCGACGCAGACUUAGCGGAAGCCAUUCCAGCCCUGAAUUCCGCCCUGGCUGCCUUGGAUACCCUUACCCCUCAGGAUAUCACCAUCGUCAAAACUAUGAAAGCUCCUCCCUAUAUGAUCAAGUUAGUGCUGGAGGCUUUAUGUGUCAUUAAGGGAAUCAAACCGGAACGUGUUCCAGAUCCAUCUGGAUCUGGCAAAAAGAUUGAGGACUACUGGGUCCCAGCCAAGAAAAUGUUGGGUGACAUGAAGUUUUUGGAAUCUUUGCACAACUUUGACAAGGACAAUAUUCCAGUACCCAUUAUGAAACAAAUUCGUACAAAAUAUAUCACCAAUCCAGACUUUGAACCAGAGAAAGUUAAAGUAGCCUCCACAGCCUGUGAGGGAUUGUGUAAAUGGGUGAAGGCUAUGGAUGUAUACGACAGAGUUGCAAAAGUUGUUGCUCCAAAGAAAGAGCAACUGAAAAACGCUAACGCUGAGCUGGCAGUGGCCAUGUCCCACUUGGAGAAGAAACGAGCUUCCUUACGGGAGGUCCAGGACAAAUUAGCCAAACUGCAAGAUACUCUGGAGAAUAACAAGAAAAAGAAGGCUGACUUGGAGACCCAAGUUGACUUAUGUACCAAGAAAUUGGAAAGAGCUGAACAGUUGAUCAGUGGGCUGGGUGGUGAGAGAGACAGAUGGAGUCAAAAUGCCAGACAGCUGGGAAUCAAGUACAACAACCUGACUGGAGACAUCUUAAUAUCUUCAGGAACUGUAGCUUACCUUGGUGCUUUCACAUCAGCCUUUAGACAGGACCAAGUAGACACAUGGAUAAAGAAGGUGAAGGAGAUAGGGAUACUGUGUUCUGAUGACUUUACACUCAUCAACACCCUGGGAGAACCUGUUAAGAUACGGGCAUGGAACAUCUCAGGUCUUCCAACAGACAAUUUCUCACUUGAGAAUGGUAUCAUUCUAGCCAAUGCCAGACGUUGGCCCUUGAUGAUAGAUCCCCAGGGUCAGGCCAACAAAUGGAUCAAGAACAUGGAGAAAGCUAAUAACAUCCAUGUCAUUAAACUUAGUGACUCUGAUUUUGUGAGAACACUGGAAAACUGCAUCCAGUUUGGAACUCCUGUUUUGCUGGAAAACAUUGCUGAAGAAAUGGACCCCAUGUUGGAGCCUCUUUUACUGAAACAAGUCUUCAAACAAGCUGGUGCCAUGUGCAUCCGUCUCGGUGACAGUACCAUUGAGUAUUCACAGGACUUUAAAUUCUACAUCACCACAAAACUGAGGAAUCCACACUACUUACCAGAAACUGCUGUUAAGGUGACUCUCCUGAACUUUAUGAUUACCCCUGAGGGUCUGCAGGAUCAGCUGCUGGGUAUUGUAGUUGCCAGGGAGAGACCAGAACUGGAGGAGGAGAAGAACGCCCUUAUUAUACAGAGUGCUGACAAUAAGAGGCAGCUGAAGGAAAUUGAGGACAAGAUCCUUGAGGUUUUGUCCUCCUCCGAGGGCAACAUCCUUGAGGAUGAGACAGCCAUCAAAGUAUUGUCAUCCUCCAAAGUGCUAGCUAAUGAGAUUUCUGAGAAACAGGCCAUUGCUGAAGACACAGAAAAGAAGAUCGACACAGCCAGAAUGGGAUACACCCCAAUAGCUGUUCAUUCCACGAUCCUGUUCUUCUCCAUUGCUGACCUGGCCAAUAUUGAACCUAUGUACCAGUACUCCCUGACCUGGUUCAUCAACCUCUUUAUUCUGUCCAUAGACAAUGCUGAAAAAUCGGAUCACCUGGAGACUCGUCUCAAAAAUCUCCACAACCACUUCACCUACUCCCUAUACUGCAAUAUCUGCAGGUCACUUUUUGAGAAAGACAAGCUCUUAUUCUCAUUCCUGCUCUGUGUCAACAUCCUCAAGCACGACAAAGAGAUCAACGAGGAAGAGUGGAGAUUCCUGCUGACAGGAGGAAUCGGAUUGGAUAAUCCAAAUGCCAAUCCCUGUACAUGGCUUCCAGUCAAAUCUUGGGAUGAGCUGUGUAGGUUAGAGGACUUGCCCAACUUCAAAGGAUUAAGGACCAAAUUCAUCUCACAAAAAGAUGGAUGGAAAGAAGUGUAUGAUGCAGUGGAACCAUUCUACCAGAAGAUGCCUGGGGAUUGGAAUGAUAAGUUGCAGACAUUCCAGAGACUGCUGGUUCUCAGAUGUUUCAGACCUGACAAGAUUACACCAGCAGUGCAAGAGUUUGUCACAGAAAAACUGGGGAAGAAAUUCAUAGAACCCCCACCCUUUGAUUUACCUGGGUCAUUCAAUGACAGUAAUCCUACGUCCCCACUACUGUUUGUGCUGUCCCCUGGAGCAGAUCCUAUGUCUGCCCUGCUCAAGUUUGCAGAUGAUCAGGGAUUUGGAGGAGCCAAGUUUGACUCUCUGUCCUUGGGUCAAGGUCAAGGUCCCAUUGCCUUGGCAAUGAUUGAAAGGGGUAUCAAAGAGGGCACCUGGGUCAUGCUGCAGAACUGUCACUUGGCUCCAUCAUGGAUGCCUACAUUGGAAAAGAUUUGUGAGGAAUUUAAUCCGGAACAAAUCCACCCAGACUUCCGAUUGUGGCUGACCAGUUAUCCAUCCAAUCAGUUUCCUGUGUCCAUUCUACAAAACGGUGUCAAGAUGACUAAUGAACCACCUAAAGGGCUUCGAUUCAAUAUCCUCAGGUCAUACCUAUCUGAUCCAGUGUCAGACAUGGAUUUCUUUGGUGGUGUCAAGGAAAAAAAUGCAAGUUCCUUCAGAAAAAUGCUCUUUGGUCUCUGCUUCUUCCACGGUAUCGUACAGGAGAGGAGGAAGUUCGGUCCUCUUGGAUGGAAUAUUCCAUAUGAAUUCAAUGAGACAGAUUUGAGAAUUAGUGUCAGACAACUUCACAUGUUCCUUAACCAGUAUGAUGAUGUGCAGUAUGACGCCUUGCGUUACUUGACGGGCGAGUGUAACUAUGGUGGUCGUGUGACAGAUGACUGGGACAGAAGGAUGUUGCACAGUACCCUGGACAGAUUCUACUGUACAGACAUCAUUGAGAAGGAACAAUACUAUUUUGAUGAAUCCAAGUUCUAUUAUGCACCUGCAGAUGGAGAGUAUGAAAGCUAUCUUGAGUACAUCAAGGGUUUACCACACAACCCCAAGCCAGGAAUCUUUGGUAUGCAUGACAACGCUGACAUCACCAAGGACCAGGGAGAAACCAAGCUACUGUUCGACAACAUCCUGUUAACACAGGCAAAAGCUUCCUCUGGUGGUGGAAAAUCCACAGAUGAAAUUGUGGAUGAUGUGGCACAGGAUAUUUUGUCCAAGAUUCCAGGAAACUUUGACACCGAUGCUGCCUUGCGGAAAUAUCCAACUUCAUAUGCCCAGAGUAUGAACACAGUACUGGUGCAGGAAAUGGUGCGCUUCAACAGACUACUAAUUAUUGUCCGAUCCAGUUUACAGAAUAUCAGAAAAGCCAUUAAGGGAUUAGUGGUCAUGUCAGCUGAUCUUGAAGAAGUUGUCCUCAGCAUUCUGAAGGGUAAGAUUCCCGGCAUGUGGAUGAAGCGUUCCUACCCCUCUCUAAAACCACUUGGAAGCUACGUCAAUGACUUCAUUGCUCGUCUGAAGUUUCUUCAGGACUGGUAUGAUGAUGGAGCACCACCCCAAUUCUGGAUCUCUGGAUUUUACUUCACACAGGCUUUCUUGACUGGUGCCCAGCAGAACUUUGCCAGAAAGUACACCAUUCCCAUUGACUUGCUGGGCUUUGAUUAUGAGAUUCUAGAUGAUUCUGACAAAGACACCCCGCCUGAAGAUGGUGUUUACGUGUAUGGAUUGUAUGUGGAUGGGGCCCGAUGGGACAGACCUUCCAACUUGUUAGCAGAAUCCAAACCUAAAGUUCUGUUUGAUACCAUGCCAAAGGUAUGGAUGAAGCCAUGCAAGAAAUCAGAUAUUCCUGAAAAGAAGAUAUACAUGUCUCCUGUGUACAAGACAUCCGAGCGCCGUGGUGUACUGUCCACCACUGGUCACUCCACAAACUUUGUCAUUGGUAUGGCUCUACCGUCAGACAAAAACGAAGACCACUGGGUCAGGAGGGGCGUGGCCCUACUGUGUCAGCUGGAUGACUGAGUAAACUCUCAAAAAACUAAGAUGUUCUCUGUCGAUUGGACUUUCUUGAAAAAAAAAAUUACCAGUAUACUGGUUUUCUCAAAACUCUCACAGACAUGAUGAUUUAUAUUGGUUUUUUUUUUGUAUUUGAGAAGAGAAUAUACACAUAUAUAUAUAUACUAUGGACUGCUGAUUUUUACUGUGAUCAAGAUUCGAGUAGGUUGUGCGUGCUAUCAUCAUUCACUUUGUUUAUUUCCAUAAAUGUGAAGAGUUCAACAGAAUGAUUUACACGGCAUUUGUAAAUUGAAUGACUGGGGCAAUUUAUAAAGAAAAACUGGGUCACUGAAGGUGAAAAUGAGACUUUCUCCGUAACAAGACUGUGAUAAAAUUGCAUUUUAUUUUGAUUACAAUGUAUUUAUAUUUAUUCUUAUACUUUGUUUUUUGUUGUUGUUGUUUUGCAAUUGAUAUCUAACUGUUCUUAUACAGUUGAAUAAUUUUUGUAUUCACAAUCAUGGUGUGACAAAUUUCUCCAUUCACUUCAACGUGUAAUAUAUAAUUUUUCUUUCACAAAAAUGAAAAUCCAUCCAUUAGAUUAAAAAGAAUUGUUUUUUAUUCUGUGGUCAUGUUUUUUGUUUUAAUCAGUAUUUUCCGUCCAUUUUAUUUCUAGUGUUGAAGUUUGACCUCCUUUCUAUUAUCACAAUCUCUCCCACGCAUGUUCAGUAGACUAAGUAUUAGAUAAAUUACAAGUUAUCUGUGAUAUAAUUUACAAUAUGCUGAUGUGCCUAAUCAACAUCAAAAUAGAAUUGUUGUAAAAACUGGAGAUCAAUGUAUGUUUACACAAUAAAGAAAUCCAUUGCAUAU